GAGUCAGAGCGCAUCGGCAGCAGUGAGGGCUCACUAGCCGGAGGAUCGGUGGUUAUUAGGGCUCUGGGCAGCUGCCUCAACAUGUCCGUCCCACGGCUGCCAGCGGACUCAUCUGUCCUCAGCCCAGCAGAGCAGGCGGCUCCGGGGCUCAGCGUGAGUCUCAGGUCCUGAGCGGGAGGAUCGCGGUACGCCUCCAGUUACAUGACCUGCAUAAGAAAGGAACACGUUGGAAGAUAGAGGAAACAGUGUGGGCACAUUUAAGAAGCCAUUUCAAGGUUAUCAAGUCAACAUUAGUAGUGUAAGGAUCAGAAGAGCCAGAGAAGACCGAGCCAUGAAACCAAACUUGAAGCAAUGGAAACAACUUAUGCUAUUUGGUAUCUGUGCUUGGGGUCUCCUCUUCCUUGUGAUAUUCAUCUAUUUUACCGACAACAACUCGGUGGAACCAGUGCCAAGUUCCUUUUCUUACAUAGAAGCCAAGAAACUCUUACCUAUUCAAGGUAAGCAGAGGGCCAUAAUGGGAGCACUUCAAGAUCUGUCUGUGUCAUAUGGCAAUGAUGAUAAUGAAGACAGCGUAGAUUAUUUUAAAUUCGGCCCAGGUAGCAUCAAAAACAUGGCUGACGUGGGGCAUUAUUUUGAGAAUGAAGAUGAAUUUAUAAUUUCAAAGAAAUUCAAAUCACCAGUCAGUAAUUUUCGUGGAAAUUCUGAUAAGAAUAAUCUACAUGCCAACAUUCAUUCAGCUAGUGGAAAGAUGUCUCCAUGGUAUGGUGCAAGGAAUUACCAAGCCAUCCAUUCACGUCACAGAAAAAACAGAAGAAAUGUGCAGCGCAAGAACCAACAUAUGUUUGAAGAGUCGGAUGAUUGGAAUGGAUUUUCUUCUUCAAUGUCCAAAUCUUUUCUACAGAAAUUGUGGAAAGGUAAUGUCUCAGCAAAGAUGUUGACACCUCAUCUACAGAAAGCUAGGAGGGAGUACCUCAGAGCAAAUAAACUUGGAGUUAGCUAUACUGGAAAACACAAUUCAAAGAAACUCAACCCCCAGGAACUCCUGUGUGUUCUGAAGAAAAGAGCUCACGUGAGGACACUGGAUGGCAAGGAGGCUCCAUUUUCAAAUCUGGGAUGGGAAAAAUAUUUUCCUCAAACACCACUAAACUUAUUAUAUCGACAAGGUUUCUCCUCUUGUGCUGUAGUUUCAUCUGCUGGCGCAAUCCUUAACUCCUCACUUGGAGCGGAAAUUGAUGCACAUGAUGCUGUGCUACGUUUUAAUACUGCCCCAACGCGCAACUAUGAAAGAGACGUUGGAAACAAAACCACCAUGAGAAUUAUAAAUUCUCAGAUUCUAACCAACCCGAUCCAUCACUUCACUGAUAGUUACUUGUACAAAGAUGUGACUUUAGUUGCUUGGGAUCCUUCACCCUACUUUGCAGAUCUUCACAUGUGGUAUCAUAAACCGGACUACAAUCUAUUUCCUCCAUACGAGCAACAUCGUAAAAAGAAUCCUGACCAACCAUUUUAUAUUAUUCAUCCAAAAUUUACAUGGGAACUGUGGAAAAUUAUACAAGAAAACAGUAACGAAAAGAUACAGCCAAACCCCCCUUCUUCUGGAUUCAUUGGAAUUCUUAUUAUGAUGUCGAUGUGCCAGAAAGUUCAUGUGUAUGAGUAUAUCCCUUCCUACAGACAAACAGACCUUUGCCACUAUCACGAGCAAUAUUAUGAUGCAGCGUGCACUCUUGGAGCAUAUCAUCCUCUGCUGUAUGAAAAAAUGCUGGUUCAAAGGAUAAAUCAAGGAUCAGAAGACAAUCUCCUCCGAAAAGGCAAAGUCACAUUGCCAGGCUUUAGUUCCAUACAGUGCCCUACAGAUGACCACAUUACAUAAGGUCAUAGGCUCCCUUUAGUUGAAAAUCAUGUGCAAUAAGUGGCUACUGGCAUUUUGUCAACAAAAUACUUGAAAACAUAAUUAAGACCAUCUAGGUAAUUGGUCUUUAAACAUUGACUAGAGGACGUAGAGAUGUCUGUCUCAGCCAUGGACUCUUUAUUAGUGGUUUGUAAAUGAGUAAGACGAUCUAAGUGGAUAGGUACUGAAAGUUGCAAAUGUGUACUAGUUACACAGAAAUCCACAUUAUAAAGCAGAGCCGAAAACCCUGUUUUUUUUAAUCAAACUAUAAUGUGCCAUAUUGUUAGCUAGAUGUUAAGAAACUGUCCAUCUUCAUAUGUAUUAACAUCUGUUACAGAGACUGUAUUGAUUCUGUUGUUAUUUAGUUUAAAAGUGUUUAUUAAAUGCUCACGUGACCCUUUUAGUAGUUACUUGUAGAUAUAUUUUAUGUAACAUAAGGGUCAGUUGAAGCUUAUGCUGAGAACAUGAUGUAUUUAUGAUAUGGUGACUAACACCACACUCAAAUCUGGGGUAUUAUGCCAUUAUACAUAGUUCAAGAGAUAAUGCCAAUCUGUUUCUGCACUUAAACCUUAUAUAAAGAUUGCUCCUCUCUCUGUUACAUGUAUGGUGUAACCACAAAUAUAGCAUACAGGCAUUUUAUGUAUGCAUGAGACAUUACAUCCUUUACUAGAUUGUUCAUUUCAUGUGCAAUACAUGUAGGGAGGCUUAUGGUACAAAAAGUUAAUAAUAAUAAUAAAAAAAAGAGAUCCUGUUUAAACUGGAAGCAUCAUCUAAGGAAUGAAUGUAAGAGCCAAAUGUCUUCAAUUUCAUAAUAGGUUUUGAGAUACUUGUUCAGACUUUACAACCUGAGUAUUUGUUGCCAGAAAGACAGUAUUUAAUAUCACAAAGUCAAGUACACUCUGAAAAAAAUAUAAAACAUUCAUUUAUAUGAGUAGUUUUAGCUAUCUAGUUCAGCACUUUUAGCGGGAAACCAAUUUGUGUAAUAUAAUAACUAUCUGGAAUAUACAGAGAUGAGAGUGAAGCAUAUUCUUGUUAUGCAUCUUGUACACUCUAUAUUCCUUCUACAUUGAUAACUACAGUUCACACUAAGAAUAUACUGAAAUACGCAAACAAUACAAUCUAUUGUUCCCAUGCAGUAAUGGCUGAUGAUGUUUAAAGAUGGGGGCACUGCCCCCAGACUAGUUGGCCUCUGCCUCCAUAAUUCCCGGUGCUCGAUGCCUGUAUCAAAGAGAAUUCAUGCACUAUUUAAAAACAUAAACCUAUAUAAACAUGUAUGUGGGAAACCACAACCACUUUAACGAGGUCUGACUCUACGCCCUGAUGCUGUUACUAAAUGUCAACCCUAGAAGACGGGACAAUAUGCAGACCUAUCUUUUGGGUCACCUAGCAUCUGAUGGCUCCAUGCAACACAUUUGUGAGGUGUCUGUAACCAGAAAAUGGUUUUGUUUUUUAUUUAAAAUGUCCCCAAAUCAUAAAGUGAUUAGUUGCUCAGAUUUCUCUCCAGCAUCAUUGAUAAAUGAAAAUACAUAGAUAAUCAUGAGUGACACCGUAUAUUUGCUCCCAACACACACUUUUCAUUAGUCCUUUUCACGCUAAUAGAUGUGAUUUAUUUUUUUUGCUCCAAAACUGAGGAGGUGCAGCCCCCUAUGGACCAUCCUUCCUCUUGUUGAUAUAUUGUCCAACAUUUAGGGGGAAAAAAAAUCCACGUGAAUGGAAAACAGAAAUCUUUUAAACUGAUGCCAGAAAGCGAAAAACUGUGCAUUGGUUGAGCAUAACUGGUGCCAUUAACAACAGUAUGACGCCUACAAAUGUUUUUCUAUGGCAAACCGAAAAAAAACCCGAAAAAAAACAAAAACAUGAACGCUUGAAAGAAAUUUGUUUAAUCAAAUUAACUUCUUUAAAAGAAGUUGAACUGCUCAAAUUGCUAUUCAGUCCAAGUGUUUAAGCACUUAAGAGACAGCUAUGUUAAGAUAGCAGUAUAGUGAGAAAACAAAUAGACAUUUGAUCCCUUGCCUCAUGUUCCCAGUGCAAACAAUAUGAUUCUAUACACUGUCUAUGAAUUGAAUAAACAUUUUACUUUUGGUGGUUUAAUGAAUGAGCAUUAAAUCCCUAGUAAGCAUUAAUCAGGAGCUGAUGUUGACUUUCUAACCAACUCAUUGUUGUCUCCUAUAAUCUGCUGGACUCUUGCAUUGUUCAUGAGUCCUUACCCCAGACUUAGUGUUAGUGCCGUACAGUAAUUAGUAACAAACCGAGAAAUGAAAAGUCACACGUGUUUUCCUUCAUUGAAAUGUACGUCAAAACAAUCAAUUUUAUUUUGGCAUGAGUUGUGGGAUUACUGACUAUGAACUUCACCUGCUCUUUUUGUAUUCUUAAUAUUUUCAAUUAGAAGCCAGGCUAAUUUUUUACUAGCUUUGAUGGAUUUUGGUAAAAUGAUUUUUUUAACUUUCUGGCUUAAUGUUCAUCAUAAAAUGUAAAAAAUUUCAAAUAAAACACCAUUUUUUGAACAGUGUUUGUAAACAUUUUAACACUUUUUCUAUUUUGGUUUUGUAUAUUUUUUA